UUCAGCGUAAACGGAAGUGAACAUUGACCAACAACAAUUUCGUAUCUUAGUGUUUUUAUUGUUGUUAUUUAGACGUUUAUUAACACCCUGGAACUCAGAAUGUGACUAAUUUAGCUGUAUAGCCUCACAUACGUACACCCAGGUAGUGUAUAAUUCGCGUUGGAGACAGAACUUGGUUGGAAGAUAGUAAUGCUAGGUAACUUAGCUGCUAACAAUGGCUAAAUGUAUGGUUUUUCACACUCAAAUAGCCUCCAUUAUGGAGGUGCUAGCGAAUGCAGCCGUGGCAGAGAUCUGUAAACUCGUCGAUGACGACUAUGCAGUGUUUCGUUUGGAAAUAACUCAAAGCCAGAAAGAAAACAGGACAUUGCAGAGGAAACUACAGCUUCUUGAACUGAAGGUGGCACGGGAGCGCGCAGAGAGGACAACUCGAGAGCGCGCCCUAGCUAGUCGUCCCAGUAGUGUCAAAAUCCUCGACCGAUACAGAGGAAUGGCAAGAGGUGAAGGACAUCUCACUGGAGGCCACAAGAGCUUUGUGAAGCCAGUAGGACACAACGUGUGGAGAGAUGACCAACCAAUAGCUAUAGAUGAGGGCAGUGGAACCUCCACCCAGCAUGUUAUCGUGAAAGCGUCUGCAGAUGCAGAGGCUGCAGGUCCUGGGUUCAAGCUGGAAAUGUAUGAAGGAAAGGAGGACCCACCGCACAGCAGAGACAUCCAGACUGGAGUGCUUGCUGUAGCCACGGAGGACCCCACCCUCGCCCCAGCACUGCCCAGGGCCCAAUGCAGCAUCACGGAGGUCAGUGGAACGCUGAACACCGUCCUCAAGUCAGAGACCGACACUGAGACUUUAACGGUGCUGGAGCGACUGGGCUGUCCUCCUGCUACCCGCACAGAGUAUUUAGUUUACGGGAGCCCGAGGACGGCUCUGUUCCAUCAGGACUCAGGUGAUGCGUUACAGAUUGGCAAUGAUCCGUCCUGUUCAUACGCUACAGAGAUGAUACCUGGUGACAUGCCUGUGGGCUUAGAUACACAAACUAAUUCAAUGAGAGGGGACUGGAACCGGUACAGUAGUAGUGUCUACUCUGAAAUGUGUCUAGAUAAGAAAGGGGAGGGUCUGGUCAUAGAUGAGGUGACUGUGAAAGUGGAGGGUGAUGCUCUUCUGACAUGGAAUGCAGACCAGACUCACUUAAGAGAAGGACACUCUCAGGAAAACAAGAGUGACUUCUUAGACUACAGGGAAAGCUUAGAGCCAAAUCCAAAUAUUGCAACCCACUCCCCUUUACACACGCUCAAGGAACGCGACCCAGUGUCCACGUCUAUGGCACCUUCCGAUUCACACAACCAUGCCCUUAUCGAUCAGGUAUUGAACUCAAACGACAAGACUAGAGCCCUGGCCCAGGGAGGGGGAGCAACAUCAGGCGUUAAUAAGGAUAAACGGUUCUUCUGCAUGUUCUGUAACAAAGGCUUCAACUGCCCUCAGAAGGUGGAGAUCCACCAGAGGGUCCACAUAGGGGUGAAACCCUUCAGCUGUACCCAGUGUCACAUGCGCUUCUCCCUGGCUUGGAACCUGAAGAUCCACCAGAGGGUCCACACAGGGGAGAAACCUUACAGCUGUGCCCAGUGUCACAUGCUCUUCUCCCACUCGUCCAGCCUGAAGAGGCACCAGAGGAUCCACACAGGGAAGAAACAAUUCAGCUGCCCCUAGUGUGGGAAGACGUUCUCCCACCAGAACCAGCUGAUGAUGCACUUGGAGUUUCACACUGGAGAAAGGUCGUUUGCCUGUACGCACUGCGGGAAGAGGUUCUCAGAGAGGAGCUACCUCUGGAUACAUAAGCUGAAAAAACAUUUGACUGUAUAAUAUAGAAAGUAACCAUUCCACUUGAUAGCUUCUGACAUUUAGAUCAAACCCUGCAUUAAAGACAGAUAGAUUUUCAUUUGGAAUAACAAGAGUAACAGAUUUCAGUGUUGAAUAUUCCUGUGUAGAAUAUUGCAUUGAGACAGUGGCCGUGUCCAUAUAUCCAUACUAGCGUACGACAUACUUAAACUGUAUACUCAUUUCGGCAUUGGAUCUAGUAGAAUUCACUCACCUUUUCCCGUGUUUGACAACAGCUGAUCAUCAGAUAAAUGAAUGCUCUGUACCAAAAUGAAUGAAUGGCGGGAGUCUACGUAAUCAAACAAUAGAUGAUGCAUUCAGUGUACUAUUUUCAACAUUUCAUAUACUAUAGAAUUGUAUUUUUCGGCAUACUAUUUAGUACGCUAUUAUGGGUAUUUGGACACGGCAUUGUGUGAUUUAAGGCAUAUAUAAGCCUAAAAAGUCUGUUACAUAUCGUGUUUGUACUGUGUAGGAUAUAUGAUGUUCACAAAUGCCUAUUUCAUUACUUCCAUUCAACUACUUCAUUUUCCCCCCAAGACACUUUUCAAUGUGAAAAAUAAUGCAGUUUGUCAAGUUCAUGCAGAUUUUUUGAUGAGACUUUUUGGGGUCAUUUGAGCAGAUGCGCUUAUCAAGAGCGACUUACAAUUUUUGCAUUCAUCUUAAGAAAGCUGGGUUAGACAACCACAACACAGUCGUAGCAAGUACAUUUUUCCUCACUAAAGUACUUAUCAACAACGUUCGGGCAGGGACUCUUCUGUCUUAGCUUCAGGGGGAAGCUGGUUCCACCAUUGGGGUGCCAGGACAGAGAAGAGCUUUGACUGGUCUGAGUGGGGGCUGCAAGCUUUGACUGGAAGCCAAUGGAGGAUGCUGAGGAGUUGGGUGACAUGGAAGAGUUUAUAAAGGUUGAACACCAGGUGUGCUGCGGCAUUUUAUAGCAGUAUUUUUAUUGGAAUUUCACAAUUCUCACCCAUAUUAAGAGAUACAACAACAGAGACAAAGCACACAAAAAAACAGCACUCACUUACACAUAUAUACAUAUAUAUAUACAUACAUACAUACAUGCAAAUACACAUAUAUACACGUAUACACAUACAUACAUACCACACACACCCAUACAUACACCAUUUUCCUCUUCCCGCUCUGUGCUUCUCACCCCAUCCCCAUCAUUGCGUCUCUCAAUACAUGCAUUUUAAACAAACUUGCAAACAGAAAUUAAACAAAAAAGCUCAGUUUAAACCAAGAAGUUAGGUUCCACACAUGGAACGUACAGUGUAGUUCUGAAAUACAUAGAUCCCCGCCAUUCUAAGAGAAUCCUUGCAGCAUAAUAGCUGAUACCUCAGGUUCUAGGUAAUUUAGAUAAGGUACCCAUACUUUGUAGAACUGGUCUGUUUUAGAAUGCAAUGUACAUGUCAGAUAUUCCAGAGGCACCCAUUCAAAUAGUAUCUUAUGCCAAUCUUUAAUAGAAGGAACCUUAUCACUAAUCCACUGUAAAAGGAUGUUUUUCCUCGCUGCGAAGGUAAGGAUGUUGUAAAACCUCCUUUUACCCACGGAGGUAACAUGCCUACUAGGGAGACCUAACAGUAAAUAAACUGUGUCCAAUUCUAGAUAAACCCCUAGGAUCUUUUCAAUUUCUUGCAGAACACCAGACCAGUAUCUUUGGUGGUGCUCUUCAGAAUAUAAUGUCUUACUUGUAGGAAGCGGAAAAAGUCCUGCUUUGGGAGUCGAUAUUUCUCGACCAUCUGCUCAAAUGACAAAAUCUUAUCAGCAAAUAAGUCAUUUAGCCUGCGUAUGCCCUUAUUAAGCCAAAAGUUAAAGCCAGCAUCCAGCAAUCCUGGACUGAAAUCUGGGUUGUUAAGAAUUGGGGUAAGAGCAGAGGUUAGUUUGGACCUUCCCAGGAAGCGUUGAACUGACCUCCAUACUUUGAGUGUGUUAAGUGUAACGGGAUUAUUGCAGUGAUCUUCUACAGACUUGAAACUUCUGAAAAAUAAAAGAUCCUGUAAGGGGUAUUUUGAAAGAGAAGUCUCAAUGUCUAACCGCAUAGAGGAGUCCUCAUUUGUGAUCCAGUCAGAAAUAUAACAAAGGUGGGCACACCAUUGAUAGAACCUGAUAUUGGGCAGGUCCAAGCAGCCCAUAGUCUUGGCUUGCGUUUACUCCAUAUAAAGGAACUUAGCCAUCCAUUUACAUCCUUUAUUACCUUAUUGGAGAGUAAUACUGGGAUCAUUUGGAUUGGGUAAAGUAGUCUAGGUGAAAUGUUCAUUUUCAAGAGGGAUAUUCUACCCAACCAAGAAAUCGGGAGAGAGUUCCAGCGUUCCAGAUCCUGUCUUAUUGUAUCAAACAAGGGAACAAAAUUGGCUUUGUACAUUUGCUGGAAUUUAGGAGUUACAAAUAUACCCAGAUACAUGAAACCUGAGGGAGACCAUUUAAAAGGGAAGGGGGGAGAAGUAUUAGGUACAGAGUGUAGGUUACCAAGUGGCAUAGCCUCUGAUUUAGUUAAGUUAAUCUUGUAGCCUGAGAAUUCGCUGAAUAAUUCAAUAAUAUUAAUAAGAGAUGUAAUUGAAGUCUCAGGACUAGAGAUGAAUAUCAGGACAUCAUCAGCAUACAAGCUUAUAUUAUGGUGAACAUCAUCACCAAUGAGCAGCCCCUGUAUAGCAGGAGUUACCCUGAUGGCCUCGGCCAGUGGUUCCAUAACGAGUUCAAAGAGGAGAGGGGAUAAAGGACAGCCCUGUCUGGUACCUCUGUGUAUAGAGAAGCUAUUUGACCUUAGCCCAUUAGUAAGGACAGCAGCCUGAGUAUCAUCAUAUAAAACUUUCACUCAUUUUAUAAAGUUGUCCCGUAGACCAAAUUUAUUUAGAGCAUAUAAUAGGUAAGACCACUCCACACGAUCAAAUGCUUUCUCAGCAUCUAGGGAGAGCACAAGACCAUCCAUAGCACUUUGUUGGUAGGCUUGAAUUACAUUAAGAAGCCGCCUGACAUUGUUGCAUGACUUACGGCCCUUAAUGAAGCCAGUUUGGUCUCCUUUCACAAUUAGUGGCAGUGAGUCCUCUAAUCUUGUGGCUAGAAUUUUAGAAAGCAAUUUUCUAUCCACAUUCAGACGGGAAAUUGGUCUGUACGAGGAACAAGACUCUGGACAUUUUCCCUUUUUGAGAAUAAGUGAAAUGUUGGCUUCCUUCAGCGUUUGAGGGAGCUGGUCAUUUGAAAAUGAGUGGUUACACAUAUCACGCAAUGGCUCAAGGAUCAGGCCAUGGAACUCUUUAUAGAACUCACUACAAAACCCGUAUGGUCCUGGGGACUUACCAUUUUGCAGAUUCUUAAUUGCGAACAUUAUCUCUUCCUUGGUAAUAGGGGCAUUAAGGAGAGACCUCUGUUCUUCGAAGAUAGUAGGGAGCUCAAUCUUACAAAAGAAGUUCUCCAUUCAUUUGGGUGCAUCCUUUGGCAGUUCUGAGGCAUAAAGGUUUGUAUACAAUUUCUUAAAUGAGUCACUUAUCAAUUAAUUUUCAUAUAAAUGAUUACCAUCAGAAUCAGUAAUAGUAGCAAUUGACUGAGAGACAGCUCUCUUUUUAGCUAGGUAUGCCAAAUACUUUUCUGACUUAUCGCCAUGUUCAUAUAGCUUUUGCCUGACAAAUCUAAUUUUCUUUUCAGCGUCCUGUGUUAGGAGUGAGUCUAACGUUGAUCUAAUGACUGAUAUUUCCUUUAAUAGGGCAGGAGUGGGAGUUUUAAUGUAGUCCUUCUCUUUAGUUCCUAAUUCACCCUCUAACAUUUUUUGCUUUUCACGCUUUUUCCGUCGCUUAGUAGCUGUGUAUGACAUAAUCAGACCCCUGGCAUACGCUUUACAGGUCUCCCAAAGGAGCAAGGGGUUAUCUGUUGAUUGAGAGUUAAAAAUGCUUUAAACUCUGUAAUAAAAUAUGUGAAUGUAUGGUCUUUAAGAAUGGUUGUAUUCAACCUCCAAUGUCUUGACCGAUUGAAUGCCCCUUUGAGUUUUAUGUCCAGCAUCACCUCAGCAUGAUCAGAUAUGACUAUGCUUCCUAUCAUAGCGGAUAAAACAGACUGCAAAGACAUCAUGGGCAUAAAAAGUAAUCUAUUCUAGUCUGACAUCCAUGAGGUGCAGAGAAAAAAGUGAACUCUCUGUUGGAGGGAUGAAAAGCUCUCCAGACAUCUGCAUACCCCAAAUCAUCACAAAUAGCUUUAAGUGACUUAGCUUGAGGAGAGAGUGAAGCUAUACCGCUGGGAAACUUAUCAAUAAGGGGGUUCAACAAGCAGUUAAAAUCUCCUCGAACCACUGCAGUGUCCGAGUUUAAUUCUGAAAAGUCUAGAAAUACCUUAGUGAGGAAAUCAGGGGGGUGAGCAGGGGGGAAGUAAAUAUUAAUUAUGCAAAUGUACUGCCCUUGUGAAGUACCAUUAAUUAUAACAAAGCGACCAAAUUGAUCUUUCACACAAUUCAAGACCUUAAGUGGUAAGUUCUUUUUCACAAGAAUUGCUACACCUCUACUCCUGGAUGUAAAUGA